AUGAUCAAGUGCGGGAAGUCACCCGACACCUUCAAGAAGGCGUACGAGAUCAUUGAACUGCUGGAUCAGGACAUCGUGUCGAUCCACAACGGCUUCGGCUUCGACCUCACGAGGAUUACGGCGCACGUCUCCUUCCCCAACGGCACCACAAUCGUCGACUCCAUAUACAACAUCGACAAGUACCUGAAGUCCGGGUGGUCAUCAAUCUCGUCGGCCAGCAUGUUGAACGAUCUCGACCUGCCCCGCAAGCUGAACGUCGACUAUAUGGUGGUGAAGCUGAACAAGAAGUACGAUGUGUCGAAGAUGUUGGUCUGCAACAUCAGGGACCUCAACCUUCACGCCCUCGUCGUCGAGUACAUAUCGAGUUGCGACAGACUCUUCGCGUUGGCUGGGAUAUCAAGAAGCACGUUCUGGGACACCAUCGCCGACAACUUGGGUCAGAUAGUCUUCUGCUACAUCGCGUCCGUCUCCAUUUCGAUCAACAUGGGCCUGGAUAUGAGCACCGUGUUCAGCUCCGUGGUGAUCGGCGGCAACUCCCUCCACGGCUCGAUCAUUCCCAUGCUGAUGGUCUACAUAGACUGUUGCGUCUCGUCGAGGAGCAUCAAAUUCCUUUGCGAGAAGGCGUUGAUCGACAGGUCCAAGUUCCCUGACGCCAUUGAGACCAACAACGUGGUCGACUCCGGGGAAAAGGUUUUGAUGAAGGACAGCACCGAGUACAUGUACAUCAUCAAGGGGAAAUCCACGUUGCUGAACACGGCGUGA